AUGCCAUAUCCUGAUUCCACUCGUAUACUAACCCAGUUUGAAUCAAAAUCUUCCCGAGCCAAAGGCCUAGCCUUUCACUCGACCCGCCCCUGGGUCCUGGUCUCGCUCCACUCGUCCACCAUCCAACUCUGGGACUACCGAAUGGGAACCCUGGUGGACCGGUUCGAGGACCACGAUGGCCCCGUUCGAGGUGUCGACUUCCACAAGACCCAGCCGCUGUUUGUGUCCUGUGGCGACGACUACAAGAUCAAGGUCUGGUCGCUACAGACCCGAAAGUGUCUCUUCACUCUCGUCGGCCACCUCGACUACGUGCGAACCGUCUUCUUCCACCACGAGCUGCCCUGGAUCAUCUCGUGUUCCGAUGACCAGACCAUUCGAAUCUGGAACUGGCAAAACCGACAGGAGAUUGCCUGUCUCACCGGCCACUCGCACUACAUUAUGAGUGCUCAGUUCCACCCCUCCGAGGACCUGGUUGUGUCUGCCUGUCUGGAUCAGACCGUGCGAGUGUGGGACAUUUCCGGCCUGCGAAAGAAGCACUCUGCCGGCGGCGGCGUGUCUGCUGGCGGCGCAGGCUCAUCCAUGUCGUUCGAAGAGCAGAUGAUGAUGGCUGCUCGAAACAGCGGUGGUCCCGGCGGCCCCGGCGGACAUCCCCAGCAGGGUGGCCAGGACAUGUUUGGCAACCAGGACUGUAUUGUCAAGUACGUUCUUGAGGGCCACGAUGGUGGUGUCAACUGGGCGACUUUCCAUCCCACUCUGCCUCUCAUUGUGUCUGGUGGUGACGACCGGGUCCUCAAGAUUUGGCGAAUGAGCGACACCAAGGCCUGGGAGGUCGAUACCUGCCGAGGCCACACCAACAACAUUCUGUCGUGUUGUUUCCACCCCUACCAGGACGUGAUUGUGUCUGUGUCCGAGGACAAGACGAUCCGAACCUGGGACCUGCACAAGCGAACUCUCAUCAAGCAGUUCAAGCGGGAGAACGACAAAUUCUGGGCCCUCACUGCUCACCCCAACAUCAACCUGUUUGCUGCUGGCCACGAGAGCGGUAUCAUGGUGUUCAAGAUGGAGCGAGAGCGACCCGCCUCCACCAUUGACGGCAACUCGCUGCUCUACAUGUCUAAGGAGAAGCAACUCAAGCUGUUUGACUUCAACUCAGAGCAGGACAGCAUGCCCCUGGUGUCUCUCAAGAAGUACGGCUCGCAGUAUUCACCCAUUCGGUCUAUCAGCUACAACCCUGCUGCCCGGGCUGUGCUGCUGCUCACCAAGGACAAGGACCAGUUUAACUACAACCUGGUCCAUCUGCCCAAGGACGCUGCCAGCGGUGGCAUUGAGGCCACCGAGGAAAUUGGCGGCAACGCUGCUCAGGCCGUCUUUGUGGCCCGAAACCGAUUUGCCGUCUUCAACAAGAAUGCCCAGACCAUUGACAUACGGGACUUGAGCAACACCACCACCCGAACCAUCAAGCUGCCCAAACAGGUCAAGGAUAUUGUGGUUGUCCCCGGCUCGUCGGGCCAACUUCUCCUGCUGGGUCCUUCCCACGUCUACCUGCUGGACGUUGCCCAGAAGACCAUUGUGGCCGAACUUGCUGUGUCCGGCGUCAAGUAUGUCAACUGGAGCAAGGACGGCAAGCACGUGGCAUUGCUGACCAAACACACCGUGACCAUUGCUUCUGCCACCACGCUCAAGUUCAUUUCGUCUCUUCACGAGACCAUUCGAAUCAAGUCCGCGUGCUGGGACGACAACGGAGUGCUGCUUUACACCACUCUCAACCAUCUCAAGUACACUCUGCUCAACGGCGACUCCGGCAUCAUCAAGACUCUGGAGAACACUCUGUACAUUGUGCGGGUUAAGGACCGACGAGUCUACUGUCUGAACCGAGCUGGCGAGGUGGAGGUGGUCCGAAUCGACCCCACCGAGUACCGGUUCAAGCGGGCGCUGGUCAACAAGAACUUCUCUGAGGUGCUGCGAAUCAUCAAGUCGUCCAACCUCGUGGGCCAAUCCAUCAUUUCGUACCUGCAGAAGAAGGGCUACCCAGAGAUUGCGCUGCAGUUUGUGCAGGACCCUAAGGUCAAGUUUGAUCUCGCCAUCGAGUGCGGCAACCUGACCGAGGCCCUGGAGCAGGCCCAGAUUCUGGACGAGCCCUCGUACUGGACGCUGCUCGGAAAGGAGGCUCUGUCGCAGGGCAACUUCCGAAUCGUCGAGCUCGUGUACCAGAAGCAGCAGCUGUUUGACAAGCUGUCGUUUGUCUACGUGCUUGCCGGCGACUCGCCCAAGCUGCAGAAGAUGGCUGCCAUUGCUGCCCACCGAGGCGACGGCGCCUCCAUGCUCCAAAACUCCCUGUACACCGGUUCGGUAGAGUCUCGAGUUGAUCUUUUCCGAUCGGCCGGUCUGCUGUCUCAUGCCUACGCUGCUGCCAAGCACGGAGGUCUAGACGACGUUGCUGCAGAUAUUCUGGCCGAGGCCGGCGUUGAGGAGGGCGACGUGAAGAUGACCCUUGGUGAGGGUCUCAAGCCCGCCACUCCCGCUGUCCAGCAGCCUCUCGGCGACUGGCCUCUCAAGCAGACUUCCCUUUCCUUCUUUGAGCAAGCUCUGCUUGGCCAGGUUGAGGUUGACGAAGGCGAGGACGACGACGACGACGAGGAAGACGGAGUUCGAGCCGUCACCUCGGACAUGGUCGAUCUCGACCUUGAGGACGACGACGACGACGGCGAUGGUGAUGCUGGAUGGGACAUGGGCGACGAUCUCGACGUUGAUGACGUUGAGGUUGCUCCCGUUGCUCCCUCUACUCCCUCGUCCAAGGGCCACAAGAAGAAUGCUUCUGUGAACCUUGCCGCCACUUCGUCCGAGCCCGAGAACUGGAUCCGGGCUUCGUCUGUCGCCGCUGUGCAUGUCGCAGCCGGUUCUUUCGAGACUGCCGCCCAGCUGCUCAAUCGCCAGAUCGGUAUUGUCGACUUUGAGCCUCUGCGACAGCGGUUCAUGACCGUGUACGAGGCCUCCAAGCUGUACUACAAGUCUAACGCAGAUCUGCCUCCCCUGGAGCUCUUUGUGAGAGGCGCUCUCAACGACGACACCUCUCUGCCUCUUGUCCCCGGCUUUGACUCUCUUUCUUCCGAUGUCAAGGCUGCUUUCCGGCUCAUCCGAGCCAACGACGUCCCUGCUGCCAUUUCCGCUUUCCGUCAGAUUCUCUACACUGUUGCCGUCAUGCUUGUGCCCACGCACGACUCUGUGGACGAGUGCGAGAAGAUUAUUGACAUUUGCCGCGAGUACAUUGGCGCGUUUUCCAUCGAGCUGGAGCGUCGACGAAUCGCCGAGGAGGAUCCCAAGCGCAACCUAGAGCUGGCCGCCUACUUUACCAAGUUCAAGCUGCAGCCCGCCCAUGCUGGUUUACCCUGGCAGGUGGCCAUGACCCAGGCGUUCAAGCUCAAGAACUACGCUUCUGCUUCUGUGUACGCUGAGAAGUUCCUGGAGACCAACCCUGCUCCUGCGCAGGCCGAGAAGGCUCGAAAGGUGAAGCACCGAGCAGAUGCGCAGCCUCUAGACGCCAUUGAGCUGGACUUUGAUGUGACCGCCAACUUUGCUAUUUGUCCCCGGUCUCUCAAGCCCAUUUACCCCGGCGAUGCAUCUGAGAAGGAUCCUUUCACCGGAGCCGAGUACCUGCCCAAGCACAAGGGUCAGUUGGAUGUUAUCGGAGGUAUUUCUGCCAUUGGCGCUCCUUCCACCGGUCUCAAGUUGAUUUAG